AUGGCUUGGAAAAAAUUAGUAAAUCUCAAUUUAUUCGAUACAGAGACAGAUGAUAAUCAUACUAAACGUAAUGAAAUUCUCUCGACAAGAAUUUUUGUUGUUCUUUUAAUCCUAUUUUUACUCUUAUUUAUUUUGUAUCAAUUAUUAACGUAUCACUCAACUUUGAUUACAGUCGAUAAACCAACGGUUCAACAAUAUAAAAACAUAGAAAUAGAAUUUUCCAACAGUUUACAAUGUCCAUGUACUAAUAUAUCGAUUCCAUACAAAGAAUUUGCUAAUAUUACAGCUAAAUUUUAUGAAAUUUGUGCAUCAGAUUUUAUUAGUCAACGAUGGAUUGAUUAUCUCUUUUUUGAAAAUGUUAGUUACUUUUAUCAGUUGGAUUUUCGUCGUAGUGCAUCAUCAAAAUUUCAACUUCUUCGAACAUUAUGUCAACAAGCAAAAGUAAUGACUGAUGAUUAUUUGGAAGAAUUUUAUUUAGAACAGCUCAUAACAAAUCAAAUAAUUUCGAAUAGAUCAUUUCAUAUACAAGUAGGGGCAUUUAUAGACAUGUACAAACGAAAAAUAACGUCAGUGUGGAGGAAUUCAUUAGAAUUAAUUAGAUCAACUACCAUGGCAAACCGUUUAUUUUCAGCAAUCGAAACACGCUCUGUAUAUAAAAUUGUGUAUUGGAGUCCAAAUGUCACGUUGAUGCGUAUGGCAGAGAUUAAGUAUCAUGGGGGAGCUUCAAUAUUUUCCACAUUCAACUGUUUCUAUGAUAAUUUCCACUUACGUCAGUUACCUGAAGGUAUUUAUGCAGAUAUUGAUCGUUACGACUGUGCUGGAUCAGUCUUCUGGGAAGAAGAAGAAGAAGAAGAAGUAUGCAUGAGAGGAAAUACUAAAUAUAUUGAUACAGACUUUUUUGUGCCUGGAAUGAAUGCAGGUUGUACACCAUUUGAAUCUUUGCUGUAUUCGACAAAUGAAUGUUUACUUGAUGAGACGUGUAUCAAUCAAUUAAUACCUUAUAUGAAUUAUUCUUUGAUAAAGAAUAAUUCUUUUACAGCAUUGAAAACAUCUUUAUCAAUAUGGAAUAUAACUAAUGAAAAUUUAGCGAAAGAAUUAUUUAUUGAGGAUUGGAUAGUUACGAUAUCAUAUGAAAAUUAUUUCAAUUCAUGCCAACCAUUAUUUUAUCAAUAUACACAUGAUGCAAGACCUUCUUUUUAUGAAAUUUUAAUCGCUACUCUAAGUGUAUAUGGUGGGUUAUAUGCUGUUUUGACAUUAAUUGUACCAAAUAUUGUGACAUUUAUUCGAAGACAAAAACGAACAGAGUCAGAAGAUGCAAAUAUUAUUCAAAUACCACGAUUAGCUCGUCUACGAAUAUCAUUUCGUUCAAUCGUUAAUGUAUUAUGGAAUGUAAAUAUUUUCGAUAGCUAUUCAUCCGAUGAAUAUCGACGACAAAGUGAACGUAUUUCAACAAAAAUUUAUUUUCUCCUAUUAAUUAUUUGUUUAAUUAUAUUUACAACUUAUACAGCAAUAGAAUAUCAAGAAAAAACAAUAUCUAUCCCAUAUCCAGAACAAACUAAGUUUGAACAAAUGAAAAAUACGUCAUUGAAAAAUCUUCAGUGUCCAUGCGAUCGCAUCGCAACAAAAUAUUCAGAAUUCAUUAGUUUUAAUCCAAUAUUCCAUCAAGUAUGUUCAGGUAUAUCUAUAACCGACGGUGACUAUAAUGACAUACUCGGAUUAUACAUAUAUGAUAUCAGAACAAACUUUCAGGUUGUUGCAAAUUCUUUUUUUGAGAUUUUAUCUGCUUUGUGCAAUUCAAGUAGAGAAACAGUUGCCAAUAAUAUAGGACAACUUACUGAAACAGAAUAUGUUACGUCUGAAGUUAUGGAAGAGAAUAAAUUCAAUCAAGAAGUGAUUUCCUUCUUAGGAUUAUUUAUUGAUCAAACAGAAAAAUCUUUUCAAGAGCAAUUAAAUUUACUUCGAAAGGUUAUCGCGGGAAAUAAAGUACGCUAUGCGCCUCGAGGUGUGAUUACUAUUGAUGACGAGAUUUUGAAUACUGUAAUGCUAGACAGUCUCAUUGUCUAUAACAAUUCAGUAUGUUCUUGCGCAACUGAUUUCACGUGUCCGCAACAAAUGUUCGCUCGACACACAAACAGAAGCGAGAACAUAAAUCUGCCUGGUAUUUACCGUGGUUGUUAUCCGAUUGAUAUGUUAUUUCUGUCAACUAUGGAAUGUUUUUAUAAUGAACCAUGUAUGUAUCAUAUCAAAAUUCCCGAGCUUCAAAAUUUUGGUUACUAUACAAAAUUCAAACCCUUGGAGUACAAUGAAACAAGUCGAUAUGGCAUAAAUGAAACACUUGAAACAUUAAUUGGAAAUCUGUUUAUUGAAAAUUGGAAUGAAAAUUAUUCGUAUAGUUCGUAUUACAAUCAAUGUAGCCCAGCAUAUUGCUCACAUAUUAUUCGACAACGACUUGGUUUUAUUGAUAUUUUAAGAAGAGUGAUUGGUUUCUACGGUGGAUUAACGAUUAUUUUGAAAAUCUUAGUACCAAGUUUGAUCAAACUACUUCGACGAAAAUCAAGAAGAGAAAUAGCUACCUCAACACGAAAUCGAAUUCAUCAAUUGGCACAGCCGUUAAAAAUAAAAUUAAUUCAGUUAAAUUUGUUUCGGAAUCGAUCGACAAAUCCAGAGAAACUUCGACAACAAAUCUUAAGUACAAGAUUAUAUUUAAUUACGUUUCUUAUUCUUCAAUUUAUUAUUAUAUUAUAUACAUCAUUGGAGAAGAAAAUUCGAACUGAAACUAUCGUUUUAAAAAAUUUAAAUCACUAUAAACAAUUACAAAAUUUAUAUCCAAACAGUUUAACAUGUCCAUGCGUUCGAAUUGCAAUAGAAUAUAAACAAUUUAUUCAAAUUAAUCCUGUAUUUCAUCCAGUUUGUUCAUCAGAUUUUGUUACUCAAGAAUGGUUUGACUUUUUGUAUUAUACAGGCAAUGAAGAAGAACAGAGAUUCCUAUUCUUGGUAUCAGCACAAUUUCAAGUUCUUUCGUAUUUGUGUAAUUUAACAAAAGAAACACUUGAUAAUAAUCUACUGGAAUUUCGUUCAAAAAAAUUAACCAGUAAUCGAAUGCUAUCAUCACAAUUAUUCGAAAAUGAAAUCACUUCAGCUGUUAAUCUAAUUAAAAAGUCAACUCCUCGAAGAUUUAAACGAGCAUUAGAUCUCAUUAGUGGAAUCAUCCACGGCAAUUUUUUCAUUACAUUUCAACAAACAAAUUGGAAAUUUACUUAUUAUAACGUAGCUGCAGGAUCCCCAUAUUAUACUAAUCCAGUCACGUAUAAAAAUAAUUCGUGCACUUGUGGAACAUCAUCAAAAUGUACAGAAACAUCUAAAAUUGAUGGCUUAUUAAUUGGUUGUUAUCCAUUAGAAUCCUUAUUACAGUCAUCAUUAAAAUGCUUAUAUAAUCAAACAUGUUUAACGUCGAUUACAGAAUUGACCGAAAACAAUGAAUCUUUUGAAAUUCUUUCAACAAAUAAUCAAUUAUAUUCAAUUGAUGAAACUGUUCAACAAAUGGUCGAUCGUUUAUUUGUUAUUGAUUGGUUUAUCAAUCAAUCUUAUUAUGAACAAUAUUUUAAACAAUGUCAUCCAACUCUAUGUACGUAUUCUUUUAUCUCAACUUUCGAUUUACUUCGUUCCAGUACUACUAUUUUAAGUUUAUAUGGAGGAUUAACUAUCAUUCUUCGUUCAAUUAUUCCACUGAUUAUCAAAAUUAUUCUUCGAUUUUUACGUAGAAGAAGAACAACAAGGCAAAUUUCAACUUUAGAAAUAUCAAACUAA